AUGGACCAAGAAAACGACCAAAGUGAAUUUUCGGAGGCAUUGGGAUUUCCAGAGGAGAAAUCCAAUGUGGAAUCCAAAGGUGCUGAGCCGGAUCAAGAGGUCGAGGAAAAGACAGAACAGAAUGACGCAAACACAAACCAGAGUGAUUCGGAACCAGAAACCACAGCACCCGAAGCAGAGGAGAAAAAGGAGAGCGAAGGAAAAAGUGACAACGAAUCGUUUCUUCUGACAUCGUCUACGCAAAUUCCGCUGCGGACUUUCAUUGCGCUGAGUCUUCAAGCGGAUCUUUCCGGAAAACCGCCGGUGACCAACUUGGCGAGCCUGUUAAUUGAAGCAAGGCAGACAGAAAGCUCUAGCCGAUUCCAAGCAAAAAAUGAAUCGCAGCAAUCUGCAAUCAAUAGCGGCAGCGACAGCGUGAAGAAGACGUUUCAAAACAUAAAAAGUACCAUUGGGCACAUGUCCCCCGAGCUUUUGGGCACAGAACCUAUCGAUUGGGACUUUUGGAGCCGCGUGGCCGAAAACUAUGAUGCUGUAGUACAAGAAGACCCAGAAUUGCUUUUGCAAAUGGUGGCUCGAGGAAUUCCCAAGGAGUUUCGAGGAAUUAUCUGGCAGUUGGUGGCCAAAUCAAAAAACCUCCAGCUUGAGGAAUUGUAUCUCCAAAUGAAGAACGAGGCGUCCGUACAUGAAAAAGCCAUUAAGCGGGAUUUAACCCGAACGUCAUUUUUCACAAAUGUGGAUGCAGUGAAAAAAGCUGACGAGCUCUUUAAUGUCAUAAAAGCGUACUCCCUCUUUGAUCCCGACGUGGGUUACACACAAGGAAUGGUUUUUAUUGCUGUUCCAUUGGUGAUGAACAUGUCUGAAGCAGAAUGUUUUUCGCUCCUUGUCACAUUAAUGAAGGAUUACGGACUUCGGGACUUGUUUUGUCCCGAAAUGCAAGGAUUACAUCUCCUUUUGCACCAAUUCGACAGAGUUCUUGAAAGCCAACUGCCUGCUUUGUUCAACCAUCUCAUCCGCCAAGGCGUGAAGCUGCUGAUGUAUGCCUCUCAAUGGUUCCUUACUUUCUUCAGCUACAAAUUUCCAUUAGACGUGGUGUUGCGCAUCUUUGAUAUGGUUAUCACGCAGGGAAUCGAGGUGAUUUUGCAACUUGCAAUCAACCUCAUGUUACAGAAUGAGGAGAAUUUGCUCUUAUUGAAAUUUGAUCACCUCUUAGAAUUUCUCAAACUUAACCUUUUCAACGUUUACGUGAGCGACGAUUUCGUUGAAAGCCCAGAAAAGGAAACCAGGAGAUUUUCAUUGCUUGGACGCAAACAGCAAGGAAACCCAAAGAAUUACUAUAAGCUUGAUGCCUUUGUCACUGACGCACUUCUGGUCAAAAUAAUUCCAGCUGACCUUACGCGAUACAAGCAAGAAUUUGAGAGUCUUUGCGAGAAGGACGCAGCACGACUUCAUGACAUUGAAAGACUCAAGGUGGAAAACGGCUCCUUGAGACAUGAGAUCAAGGAGGUCGAAAGCCAGUACUACAAAUUGAGCCAGAGCCACAUCAAAGUGGUGCAACAACUAGUGGAUAUCAAGAUGCGUCUUCCUGACAUGCGCAAUGAUGUUGAAGAAACGCGUUCCACAGUGAAUGAGCUACAAACUGAUAUCAAAGCGCUCGAAGAAAAGCUCAAGUCUAAUCCUCAAGGGCUCUCUGAAGACACAGAAACCCGCAUACAGGAGUUAUUAGCGGAGAACGCCAAAGAAACCGAGCGGUUUUCUAAUUUGGAGGAGAAAAUGAGCCAGUUGACCAUUGAGAACAAUAAGCUCACGGCCGAGUUGAAGCAAAGCCAUGGACAGAAGUGGUUUUGGUGA